UUGAGGUUGAUGGGUAGGUAGAUACCUGCAGCAGAUCAGCCAAAACUUCAGUGUAAACGCGCAUGCGCGCCUGAACGGUUCAUUUCGGAUAUCGUUGCAAAAAGUACAAACAGAUUAAUCGAAGUUGAAGUUCAUCAAUACGAAAAAUGUGCAACAAAUAAACCAUAUAAAAUAAAUAAAAACUAAAAAGAUAAGCAAUACUUGCAGCGACGUCAUCGGUUAUCCACCGCAAAAUCGGUGGUUUAUUUCCUAACGAAAAAGUUCAUGAGAAGGUUACAUUUUCCAAGAAAAUGAUGCGACGUCAUCGAAAGUAUGCGCUCGUGCGACGUCUAAUGCUGCUGCUUACGUACUGUGCGACAGUCUAUCAUUAUCAUAAGGGUGUAUUGGGCGCAGCGCCAGCUCCCUUAGAUUAUUUGAUUCCACCUCCAUUACCCGCAUCAGCCCCACUGCCGUUAUCGCAAGGCACGCGCUUCAAUCAGGCAAUACCUUCAAAUAAUCAGGGAAGCGAAAGUCGCACUGUCCCUUUGCACGCCUUGAGAAAUGGUCAAACGCUGACAAAAACACCAAAUGAACCAGGAUUUAUGAGUCGUGUGGCCCGUUGGUUUGGAUUUAAUAAUGAAGACUACGCUCAGGAUCAGCAGGCUGCUGCUGCAAAUGCAAACAGCCAGCUUUACUAUUAUCCAAGGCCCCAACAACAGGGCACAGGUAACAAAGAGCCUUGCAAUCUAUGCAACAAAUACCCUUGGGUGCCCAUGAUGCAUAACAGUGUCCAUUACCCAUGGGAUUCUGUAAAGGCACAAAAACAAGUUCCACCACUUCCAGGUUAUAUACGAGCGCCUACUGCACACUUGCCUCCGACGGGACCACAAUUGCAACAUGCUGCUUCCAAUGUCAAACAGAGAGCCGUUCAAUUUGGCUAUCCCGCCCCGCAGACACCUGUCAAAUCAAUGGGUGGGCAACCACAGUAUUCUUCAGGACCUUUCAUUCCAAUGACCAUUCCAAAUUUAAGCAACUCAGCCCAAUUGCCCAUAUACAAUGCUAGACCCUUCCGCGAUUCCAACUUGUUGCAGCCUCCUCAAUAUACCGUGCCAGCCCAUCUCCAAUCAUCAAGACCCGCUACAGCUUUGCCACUUCCUCAGCAUCAGCUUGCGGCGACAGAAGCUACGCUAUUCUCUGAUGGCAUAGAUUCCGCUCAUUCGGAAAUCCACCUUGAUACUGUUAUUCCCACACAGAUUCCACCUUCCACCCAGUACAAUGAUCCAAGUUUUGAAAUUAUCAAAAGCCAUCAAAUCACCGACUAUGUGGCAUCUGUGGAGUAUCCAGCAACUUUUGUACAAACACAGUCAUUCGACAUUCUUUCCUCGAGUUCGACAGUUCCAACAAAUAACCAAGCAGAAUCGCAACCGGUUAUAAGCACCGGACGCUAUCAGCAUUCGACUCUAAGCCCUUAUCUGAAUCAGCACGUGCCAGCUUCGCAGAUUCUGACAGAACCGGGAAGUUUUGUGGCCGACAAUCAAAAAUCCGAGCCGCAACAACUCUUCACUUGGUCGGAGAUACCUGACCAGAGCACUGUGGCACAGGAAUCCCAACUCGGGGGUCAUGACCAGGUCUACGAGUCGGACAAUUAUGCAUCAGCUUCAGCGCAAAAUUCUUCAGUUGUAGCUAAUGGCAACUUUGAUACGUGGCCAUUGGAAACGAAUGACUUCUUAUAUGCCACCACUACACCAGAAAUUAACCCGAGCACAGAUGUGAGAACCACAACUACAACGAGGCCGGAAGUGUACUCCACUACGGAAUCAGCACACAACAAUGACAUAGAGUUUAUUGCAUCUGUGCAGACGAGUAAUCAAAACAACAAAAACAAUAGUCCACAAACGACAAAACUCUGGCCCCCCAAGGCCAGGGGAAGAGAGACCCCCAAACGUAUGUUGGACGCUCCCAUACAGCACAUCAGUGGAAAUUUGGGCUUGCCCAGACCCUUUACCAGAGAUCCCUCCAAGUUGGAUUUGCGAGCAGUGGCUAAAAACCAUAAAACGCUGGAAGAGGUUGCACUGCAACAGUCAUCACCGGCUCAUGCGGCAGAAUCACCCACACCAACCUCGACUUACAGCUCUGUGGAUGCGAGUGGACACUUUGCGGGCAUGUCACCACCUGCUAAGCCAAUUCAAGCCAACAAAAAUCACUUCAUACCAUUUACCACCAAAAACCAACCACGUCCCUUUGAGUCCACAAACGAUAACAACCUUUCUCCACAACCAUCCACAACACCAGCUUACUCUUCGUGGAUUCAGGCACAAAACGCAGACUUGCACACUCCAGCGGAGACAAUGCUAGUCAAUGUUAAAUCUGUCUUAGAUCCUGAAGGUUCUUCUUCAUUGAAGAAUCGCAAUACGAAAUAUCUAACAAAGGUACUCGCCUCUAAUCUUAGAGAACUUUUGCAAAAGGAGCACACAACUGCCUCCAAAUUUAAGAAAAACAGUCCAAACUCGUUAAGUAUUGAUCUGCAUGCCCUGCAAAAGAACAUCGAUGAUUGGACAGAGCAGGAGUACACAUCCCUAUCACAUCGUCCAAGCACCCCUACUAUAUUGGGCAGAUCCAAACACAUACCCAAAGAAUAUCUGCCUUCCACGACCACUAGCUCAGCAACGGUUAAGCCGCAAAGGCAAUCGAAAACCACAAAAGGGUUUGUAGAUGUUUCCGAGCUGCCAGCAUCCGUUAACAGCCUGGAGCCUUUGUAUGAGCGCGGAGGAGCGAAGCGUUUCCAAUAUACAGCCAUAAGUGAUAAUCACUUGCAGGACAUGUAUGAGAGCCAGGAAGUUCUCAAAUACAAAAGUACAACUCCGCAGACACCCAUACCUACAACACGCCCAACCACAACUACCACGAAGACGACGACGACUACUAGUAAACCUCCUUAUCAUUUGGAUAUGAUGGACCAAGAACCCGAGGAACUUUGGCGAAAGGCCAAAGUCUCCAUAUCGCCCAAAACCAAGGAAAAGGUUUACGUGGUAACACCUCAGCCUAUCUUCUUCCCCCAACGACAGAUUUCCUCCACAACUACAACCCAAAGACCUUUUUUGAAUGGAUUUGGUAGUGGCUUCAAGUCUCCAAGGUUUUUGGUUAGACCUACUCCGGGAAAUGUUACAGCCAGUAACCUCUUGAAAAUUUUAGGUACAUCCGAAGGCAAUGCCAGACACAGAUUUGAAACGUCACAGGAGCAGUAUGGCAGCUCCUUUUUUGUUCCUGACCAGAUUGGCUUGAGAGGUCUCUCCGCCUACGUUCCUUCUGAGCCGGUGGAAAUAAUCGAUGGCAAUUCCAAAGUUCUGAAGAUUGUUAAAUCUCCAACAAAUCUGGAAACAACCACCUCGCCACAGAACAUAAUGGACCUGACCAAAGACAAGUAUACGGCGUCCAAGAAAAAAAUUAUGGUCGAACCUUCGCCUAGAUAAACAUCCAUCAAAUUCAACAACCUACCCAUCCAUCCACUGUAUUAUAGUCCACCUUGUUAAGGAAUUUUUUCACCACAUAUCCGUCGUCUUUCGGAUUCUCGUCUAGCCUAUUUAGUGUUUUAUUUUAGCUUUAAUUUUUCUUUAACGAUACGAGGGUCGCCGAGUAAGUAUUCAUUCUACCCUCGAUGCAAUAUAUGCCUGCCAAUGUAUAGGGAAUAGUCAUCAUAUCUUAUCAUAAAUAAUACUUAUUUAUGUACAACUAAAAUAUAUGUUCGUAAUUACCAUCUAUGUGAAUUUGUAAAUAAAUGUUUAAGUAUAAAAUAAAAAAGAGGAAAACUCUAACAACAUUUUAAA